GUUGUGUGGAAGAGCAAUAGAGGCAAGUUACCAAGACUGAGAGGAAGCUAAUCCAGUCUUUUCAGAACAACAACAACAACCACCAAAAGAUGAAUAAGAAGAAUCAAAAGGAACGUGGAACAAACAAGCAGGAAAUUAUUAACAUAGGAACAGAAUCUUCCACAUUUCAAGAGAAGCAGAGACCCUCAAAGACAGACCAGAGAUCUACUGUGUGGAGAGAAGAGCAGAAAAAACAGGAACUGAAAGUUCACAGAGCAUUGUACCCCCAACUCAGGACAGGGUUCUAUGCAGGCAAAGGAACAGAUCCCUGGUUGAAAACAUGGCGAAUGAUAACUGUCAUCCUAGUAACCUUAUGCAUUAUUUUGGUUACAAAAGUGGGCUUCUUGAUUCCAAGCUUAUUUUCUAAAGAAGAAAAGCAAAGCAGAAAGAUCUCCCUUCAUGAUCUUCUAUGUUGUAAGAAUGAUGACUUCUCCUGUGACCUUUGUUCGUGUGACUGGUUUGCUUUUGGAAACCAUUUCUAUCAUGUUUUUCAUGGAACUAAAACCUGGGUAGAGAGUCAGUCUGCCUGUGAGGAACUGAACUCUCAUCUUGUGAUCAUAGACUCCAAAGCAGAGCUGGAGAACUUACUGACAGGAGAAAUUGAGGGGUGGGUGUUGUGAGUUAAGAGUCCAGCCUGGAAACGUAGCUUAAGAAAGCAAUUUUUAAAAUUAUUUUUCUACAGAAUUAAUGAUUUGGAAAAUAAGAAUAAUAGCUGUCAUUAUCUGCGGGGAAACCAAGUCAUUUCUGAUGACUGUUCAUCUAAGAAACCAUACACCUGUGAAUUUAAUAUAAGGUGA